AUGGAGAGACUACAGAGGAGCCUUGCUACUGAAUUUGAGGUGAAGGAUUUGGGACCAAUGCAAUACUUUCUGGGAACGGAAGUUGCUAGAUCUAAGAGAGGCAUCAGUUUAUCGCAACGGAAAUAUGUCAUUGAUCUUUUAAUCGAAAUCGGCAUGCUUGGAUGCAAACCAAGUGAUGCACUCGUGGAUGUGGGAAAGAAAAAUGAAGAUGGAGGAAAGCCAGUGGAAAUUGAUAGAUACCAAAGCCUGGAAAGUCACCUAGAAGCCGUCUAUAAGAUACUCAGAUAUUUUAAGGGAUCCGCAGGUAAGGGGCUGCUCUUCAAAAGGGGCGAAAAGAAAGACAGAGAAGUUUACACAGAUGCAGAUUGGCCAGGUUCAAUCGAAGAUAGAAGGUCAACUAUUGGGUAUUGUGCCUUUGUAUGGAAAAAUUUGGUAACAUGGAGAAGUAAAAAACAGAAUGUAGUGGCCAAAAGAGUGCAGAAGUUGAAUUUAGAGCUAUAG